CUUCAAGGGACUUUCUUCUGCAUUUCUCUCUGCUGUUUCUCCUGAGGUUGCUGAAAAUCAUUCGACUAUUUCCAAAAAUCCUCUGUUUUUCAACCGAUCUGAGCUCUUUAUCGGAUUCACGGUGCAGAGAUCUUCUCAGAAACCCUAGAUUUUGAAUAAAAGGGUUUAUCAGCAUGCCUUGGCCGUCUUCUUGUGGUAAUUACAGCAGGAAGUGUGUUGGCUUGGUGGUAUUCUUCCGUGUCAUACUGUAAGAUCCGAUCUUUUCCGGUGAAAUACCUUUGAAUCGUCAAAGGAGCGUUUUGUUUUUUUGUUGUAUGUUAUUCUGGUUUUGAGGCAGUGAGGAUGAACAUUGCGAUUAACCUGAAGAGAUACCGAACAGUGAAGGAGGUUGGGAGAAUUACAAUGAACAUCAGAAUCAUAGCGUGCUACCAAUUGAUGCAAGUUUGUCAGGCUGAGUAUUUCCGCCAGCUACUUAAGCCUGUUACGUAGUUUAAAUCUAAGCGAAGAUCAGAGACCCAGAGAUCGACCUUCCUUUUCCUUCAUUUAUUCAUCUCAAGGCAGUAAAAGAAAUUUAAUAAAUAUGAUGGUUGUGAAUUUUUGAGAGAUGGAUCUCUAAUACCUAGCAUAAACUCUGAUUAAUCGCCCCAAUACCUUGAAUUUCAAGCCUUUCCAUUGUCAAGGCGUAUGAUUGAAAACCCAGAGCUGUGCCUACCCUGUGCCAUCAUAGCUGAGCUGUGCCUACCCUGUGCCAUCAUCUCUCCCAUAGAUACAAAGCAUUGCACAUUCGAUAGGUCCUAUGCAUAGUGACCAGAAAGCUUACACUGGAAAGGCAGCACCCCCUGUUGCAUAUGGAGUGGGUGGCUGUACCUAUGAUAUUUCUGUCCCACCAGCAGUAGAUAUGGGUCUAGUGGGCCCGAAGCAGGCAGGACUGUUUCAAGGAGUUGAACUCCAAGCCUCCGAGAUGUGCCCCAAGAACUUCAUCAUUUUCGACCGGACUGAUAACAAGAGCCGGAUCAUGUUUCACCCUGCACUGGCUAAUAAGUUCAGUUAUCCUGGCUUUGAUAUACAAUCAACUUACGCCCCAGAGAACCCUGGGAGUAAACACACUGAUAAAGAUUCCUCCUCUCUUAAAGAAGACACCAAGGACAUUGAUGCAUUGCUGAGCCUGGAAGAUGAAGAAGAUGAAGACGAGGAAGUCAGCACCGGCCGAACAAUGGGUAACUAUGGGAGCAGCUCCCCAGAUUUCUGCUCGACAGACAGUUUGAAAUCCCAGAAGACAAGUUCAGGUUCGGCUUCCAUUCAGAAGUCAUUCUCUUGUAGCCGCAACAGCAGCUGCGGCAGCAGCAGCAGUGAAAGGAAGCGACAUCGAAUGAAGAAGAUGUUGAAGGCAUUGAGGGGAAUUGUGCCCGGCGGUGAUCGGAUGGAUACUGCGUCUUUCAUUGAUGAAGCUGUGAGGCACCUGAAGCAUCUGAAGAAAGAAGUGAAGAAGCUUGGGAUGGGGAAUUUCAAGAACUGAAAGAGGCAUCUGGGGAUUAGUCAGUCCUGAAUAAAAUUAAUUAAAGUUAUUGCUGUUAAGUCACUACUAUUAUUAAAGAUGGUGAUAUGUGUCAUGGUCCAUCAGCCUUUGUCAUUGUCUGUAGCUUUUAAAGCAUGGAUACUUUUGUAAAGGGGAGGAUGCACCGGGUAUGCAUGGCUGUAUGGGGAAGGUGGAAAAUGGGGUGCGACGUGGUUGCUUUUGUAGUGGGUGCAGUUGCUGCAGGGAUUCUGGUGGGUAGGGUUUUGACCUUCUUGAAGGUUUUCUGACCAGAACCUUCUGGAUGGUGGGUGGGUGUGGUGUAUGUGUUCUUUUGAUAUUCUGUUAAAUCCUUCACUGUUGGAUGAACCGCUAGGCACAUACUUUUU